AUGAUGCACAGGAAAGAAGCGUCACUAAUCUUCUCGGAUUCUGGUAGUAUCGAAGAGCCGCCCUCGAACCAACAAGCUCAUCCACCGGAUGAGCAACUCUCAGCCAAUAGUGCUAUUCUAUGCGAUACUCACGAGCAUCAACUCACCACUGUUCACAGAUCAGUUGACGAUCUUCGCUUGAACAGUUUUUGGAACGUUAGUCCGCAGUCAGAACCGUUAGUUGAAUCCGACAAGAAAAAAGAAGUUGUCGGUAGAAUCUUCAAUCGAGACUGGAAGCAUCGACAGCUGUUUCGACGACGUACACAAGACAGUGAUCCAGUAUCCGGUUUACAUCAUCGUUUGACUGAAUUGAUGUUAGUUUUCACUCAAUUGCAGCAUCCAAGUCGAUCGAUUCCGGAGAUCGGCUCGCUGCACUUCAAGCAUUCAGACGAUAGCAGUGACCAUAGGAAGCUGACAACGGUGAGACUAGAAAUUCCAACGGAAAUGAUCACGUAUCACGCGGAUUACGCUGGUGGUGACCAGCUGAUGACGAGUACACUCGGUCGUCGAUUUAAACAACCGAUACCGUUCGGCACGUUUUAUGGCAAUGGAAUGUAA